AUGCCGCUGCCGGGGCCUCCGCAGCAGCUUGUGCUCGACCAGGACCUGGCGCCCGCGGGCACCGCUCCGCUGGAUGGGUCCCCGGAGGCCUUCGGAGGCCCAGGCGCGGCUCCCCAAGGUCACACCGCGACGGGCCUGGAGGAGUGCUACGUCUCUGUGAUCUGGGCCAUGGAGCACGGCAUCGCCGAGCACCCCGAGUGGUACCCCGGCCUGACGUCCAGCUCGGCCUUCGAGGAAUUCCAGGCUGUGCUGCACCGUGGCGGCUACGGCAACUGCCCGGCCCCAUGCGCGGUGGGGGCCAUGCCCGACGACCAUGGGGCGGGCGCAAGACAGCCCAAGGGCUCGUGCAAGACGGCCGAGUACGGCACGCCCUGCUACGAACGGGUGAUGUGGGUCAUGCGCAACGGCAUCUUUGAGCAUCCGGAGUGGUAUCCCACCGUGGACAUCCUGUCGGACUUCGAGGAGGUCCAGGCCGCGCUGGCCGAGAAGGAGGAGGCUGGUUGCGUGCAGCCUUGCAACGUGUCCUACUCGGGGAGAGUUGGCAAGGCGAGGGUUGGUGGGAUCUGCUACGGAUUGGCGCCCCACCCCCCUGACGGAGUUCCUUCGCGCUGGGCGCUGCCAAAAUCCGAUCAAAUCAACUGCUACCUUUGGCUCAGGGACCGGAACUUCGUGAGCGACGCCGACAGGGAGCUGGACCGCAACUGGUGCUGGGUCGGCCUGAAAGAGUUCGGAUGCCACAGGCACUUCUACGACCACCUCACCUGGGCUCAGAUGCAGCACCAGGCCGUGGCUGUGGGCGCCACCAAGGGGCUGGACUUCCGGCCGCUGCAGGGCCCUGAGUUGUGCGACCGGCCAGUCCUGGGCGGUCCGAAGCGGGGCGGCUGGAACUACGCGGACAGGGACGCGGCCUCCGCGUGGUUCGAGGAGAACGCCGUCGUCUACGUGCUCAGCCUGCCGGACAGCCCGCGCAGGGCCACCGUGAGCCGGUGCAUGGAGAAACGGGCCAUCCCCUUCUCGGGGUUCUCCGACGGCGUCGACAUGCGGCAGCCGGGCGCCCUCGAGGCCGCCAAGGUCGAGGGGCUAGUGCCAGAGGAGUUCGAUUUCGAGGCUGCGCAGGCGGAGGCCUACAGCGAGCGGCAGGGCAUGGGGACUGAAGGAAGCAUCGCCGGCACCGUGGGGUGCGCCUCGGGCCACUUCCGGGCGCAGCGCCGCGGGGCGAUGGACGAGCGGAACAGGUCUGUGAUCGUCGUCUUCGAGGACGACGUGUGCCCAGAGCGCGAUUUCGUGCUGAAGCUUUGGAACGUGGUCACGGGCGAGCUGCCCUGCGACUGGCAGGUAGUUUCGCUCAGCUCCCGCUGCCCGUUCGGGCGCUGCAUCUCCCCGCACCUGACGCGCGUGCAGCCAGACGUGAACGAGCCAGAGUGGCGGUGCCGCCACGGCGUCAACUACGGAUUCCAGGGCGUGAUAUCAACUGGCCAGCGAGGUCCAGAACGUGCAGAAGCUGUGGCAGCCGGUCGUCUUCGACGCGGCACGGCCGCACUGCCUCGAUCUCGACGUCGCGCUGGCGUCGAUAUCGAACAGGGUGCGCUUCUACGCGAUACCCGCGUCCCACAGCCCGGGGUUCCUGCGCGAGCUGCCGCAGGGCUCGGCCCGGGUGGACGUGAACAUCCAGGCCCAGGGCGGCGCCGCGGCACCGGCGGAGGCCCCCGCCGGGAGCGUGACGCUGUGGUGCUUCUUGUUGACGUUCCCGAGGGGAGAUGA